AAACCAAGUUCGAUGGUAAAAACUAAAAGUUCUUGUGUAGUCUAUUCAAAUUCAAAUAUGUGGAAGAAAACAAAUUUCAAAUCGUUAAAAUUAAUGCAAGAUUUAGUGAGCUUCUUAAAAUCGUUUAAUAAGAAAUGUAAGCCAAAAUAAAUUUUAAUAAAGAUGAAAAAUUUUAAACAUGUAACGAACGUUCGAAUAAAUUAAAAAAUUAAAAGUAAAGAUAACAGGUUUACAAAAUUCAAAGUUGUGAAAUAAAAGUAGGCUGAUGAGUCUAUGCAUUCUAAACAAUAAUUACAAACAAUAUCAAACAAACGUUUCGAUCCUGAUCUCUAUUUGUUUUGCGUUAUUUAUAAUUAUUGUUUAGUGCGAUAAUUAAAAAAAUAUUACUUUACAAAACACAUUUUUGAUUGUUACGUUAAUAUGUGAAAAAAUAUUUUUGCAAAUAGGUGUUAAAGUCGCCAGCGAUUUCUCGCUGCAUGAAUUCGCACUUUUACAUACAAUCAGUUUUGACAGGCAUUUUAAGAAAAAAAAAUCGGAAUGUUUCGUCGGUAUGACAGAUUUCCUAACCUGAACACUCGCGUAAACUUUAACUGAUGUGUUAAUUAUUAUCUUGCUUUCGGGGAGGGAGGCAGAACGACACCUUUUCUCCCUUUGAACCUUUCUUUUUACGCAAAAUGCAACUGAUAAUCGAGUGUACUUUUAUCUAAAUUCCAAGUUAGACGAGAUGAACGUUUACCACGGGGCCAAUUAAAGAGAAAGGAAGAAGAGUCGCGAGUUGAUUGUGGAUUGUGGAAUCGUAAUGGCUAUUCGCUAACAGCUCACUUGCAGCCGUUAGCUGUUUGCUGCUGCUGUCGAUUAAUGCGCUAACGCGAUGCACAAUCGCGUGCGUACGUGAUUGAUUGCCCCGAUCGUGACGACGCUGUCGCCGCCGACGACAACGACGACGACGACGACUACGAAGACGCCGACGAGGACGAGGAGGAAAAGGAGGAGGAGGAGGAGGAGAACAAAGGUGCCGCGAAGGCACGCGCGAAACAGCUGAUUGGCGGAGUCCAGGUCGCAGGCCGUCUCCAGUCUCGCGGAGUAGCGGGUCAACGCGAGUCAUGGCGGGUUUCGUGCUCCGGGUGAAGACCAAAUCGGGUCAGAAGGUCGUCUACGGUCUCGCGGCUCACGACAAGGUGUCGCAGCUGAAGGCGAAGCUCGCCGAGAUCACCGGGGUACCAGCCGCCGCCCUCCAGAUCCUCGCUGGCUUUCCGCCGAAACCCGUCGAUCUGGACGCGGCGGACGUCACGAUCGAGCGCGCCGGCAUCAUCUCCGGGGACACCCUCAUCGUCGAGGAGAAACAGAUUGUGUUCAAUAGCCACGAGCAGAGAGUGGACAAUCUCGGACGAUCGCAUAUCGUCGACCAAGAGAACUUUGCCAACACACCAGGUGUCCUUAUGAGGAAGGUUGUACCUGCGGAUAAUUCCUGUCUCUUCACCAGCGUAGGUUACGUCCUGAAUGGAAAAGUGGACACUAGCUGUGCCAGUUUUAUGAGGGAGAUUAUAGCAAAUGCAGUAGCGGCAGACCCGAACGAAUACUCCGAAGCAUUUCUAGGCAGACCCAAUGCUGAGUAUUGCGAGUGGAUUCUCAAGCCUGACGCCUGGGGUGGCGCCAUUGAACUGUCGAUCCUGUCCAAAUUUUAUGGUUUGGAAAUAGCAGUGAUCGACAGUAUCAACGCGAUCAUCAACAGGUUUGGCGAGGAUCAGCAUUACGCUCAAAGGGUUUUUCUCAUAUUCGACGGAAUUCAUUAUGAUCCUCUCUACAUGGAGCCGCUCGAUGGGGGCAGUAUUCAAACAAUCUUUUCCACUGAGGACGAGAGAGUGCUGCUGGAGGCUGCCCAACUCGCGAAAGAAGCACGAUCGAGUCGUCAGUUUACGGACGUGCAAAGGUUUACCUUGAUAUGCAUCGACUGCAAAAUCACAUUAAAUGGACAAGCGGCGGCGCAGCAACACGCCAAGGACACCGGCCAUAAGAAUUUCGGCGAAGUUGUAGCGUAGCCUUGUAUCAACAACCCAUAUAAUCUAACUUUUCGGUGACUAUCCUUGACUCUAAACAGUAUAGGGUAAUUUUUGAAUAAUUGUUUUCUUCGGUUGGAACUUUCCGGGGAUUUCAGUUUAUUAUUUUUUAUAUAUUUUUUUAAUUUCAAACAUUUAUUAUUUAUUAUAAAUUGUUUGUGCUAAAGAAUUCAAAUGACGACAAAUUCUUUGUUUCUGUACCGAGAAAAGUACAGGAGCAUGUGUGUGAUAUUUUUAUAAAUUAUAUUUACAAAUUAUAUUAUUGCAUAAUUAUUGUGCAAAUUGUAAAUAACAUUGUUUAGAUAAAUAUUAUACAAUAUUUUAAAUAAGAAAUUAUUUUUUAUUAAUAUUUUUGAUUUAUUGAUUAGUACAUUGUUACGACUGUACUAGAUCAAAUUUGCAAUUUCUAAAAAUAUGUCAUACUGUUUAGAACUGAAGGAUUGGCAUUUUGCAGUUAAAAAGAAAAGAGAGUUAAUACCUUUUAAAUACAUUAAUAUAGAUUUUUCGGAUGAAUUAAAAUUAGAAAUAUAUAUCGAAUACUGCCGACACGAAUCAGCACUGGAUGUUCGCGUAAGUGCAAUAAUUUAUUGUUAAAAAUUGCAGUCUCCAACUCAAUGCGAACUACGCGCCAACAAGUUCGUUAGUCUUCAAACACAAUUUCUAGCCACUGGAAUACGUAAUACUACAAUUAAUGUCUUUUUCUACUUAAGCGAGACGCUUGCAAAUAGUACUAUUACUAUUAAUGAGAAUUCGUUUGCAAUUAAAAAUUGUUAAUGCACAUAAUACAUAAGUUACUGACUUUGAUUAAACAUCGUUCGUUGAUAUUUGUGAUCCCAGAUCGCUCGUCCCCAAUGGACGUGCAUUCGACAAUUUUCCUGGCUCAUCACAUUUUAUUGGAAAAACGAAUAUCUGUAAUUGUCAACUUUUCGACAGGAGUUUGCGAUUUAGUGUAAUAUAUAGAAGUCUGUGAUCUAAUUAAUGAAA